AGGGGGCUCACCACCUUCCUGAGACAUGGAGCUCAUUUUCUACUUCCUCUCAACACCAGGAAGCACCCCUCUCCUUCUAACACCCCUCUUUAUUGCUGAAGAUGCAUGCAUUUUUCUACCUGGAGAGAAAACAGACAGCAAUUAGCAGAGCAAAUGUGACCUUUGUAAGGAGGAGAUGCAGCCCUGUCCCCACUUCCCAACCUGCUCUUGGGGCAACACUUAGAGAGAGAAUUCAGCUGGUUGGGAAGCGUGGGGAUAGACUUUGAUCACCAAGUGUGCAACAAAAUGAGCAGGAGGCACCCAGGCACUCUUGUGGCUCUGCAGGGGCAGCUGGUGCCUGCUGGACUUCCAUCUUUGUCUGUGCUGGCUUCUGAACUCUAGCAGACUCCCCCAUGUCUCCUAGGAAGAGCCUCGGGCAUCAGAGUGGAGUAGGGCCCCGGUGGGCCUCGGGCUGGGGGUCAAGCAGGGUCAGGGGCAGGCCUCAUUGCAGACGAUGCCCAAAGUGUGCCCAGGGUAGCAGGGGUGCCUGCCCUCCGCCAUUGCCUCUCUCCUGCAAGGUCAGAGCUCUUUUUCUCUUCUUCUGAGACAGGCUUGCAGAUUGCCCCAGGCCUGGGCUGGCAGGGAUGGAGAAUCUUGGGCUGUCCCCAGUCAUGCGCCUGGGGGGGAAGGAUGUACCAUUCCAUGCUGCUGUCUGUCCGCUUCCGCUGUCUUCCGCCCUGUGAGCUCAGGAUGUAGUACUGAGAGCUAACCCCACCCCUACCCUCCGCAAACAUUUGCUGAGCACAACCUGGGUGCUGGAGACACACGUGUCACAGCCUCUGCCCCUUCCCCCAUGUGGGAAAUGGAGAAAAAGGCUGAUUCCCCAUCUCUUCCUGGGAGGGAAAUAGACAGAUGGGCAAAGAGGGUGGGGACAUCCAGGAAAGUUAGAACUGCUUCAACCACUCCCAACUUCAAACCUUCAGUAGGUCUGUGCCCCACCCCCUCCCUGUGGCCCUCAACCCUUGAAUGCACAGGAGAGCAAAUCUCGCAGCCAAGCCGGCUUUCAGCCCACCGCCUCAUCCUAGCUGGUGGCCAGGCAGCCAGGACAGCCAUUGCCCAUGGAAUCAAGGACCUGGGCGAGUGUGUGAGAAGGCUUGGGAUCCAGGGAGCCCACAGGUGUGGGUGUGCAUGCACGUGCGUGCGCCCUGCCAGGCUGGGUGUGUGGGUGUAAGUACACACGUCCCCGGGCAGCCUGGUUUCCAUCACGUCACAUCUCAACUUUCCUUUCCUUCCUUUUCUCUGUGGACACCCUGACAGAUCAGUAGUUUUCAUCUCUAUCACCGUGUCUCCGGCUCUUUCUGUUGUCUUGCUCUCGGAGCCCCCCACCACGGGAACCAGAAGGGGCCAGGGAGAAGGCAGAGAGAAGAAGGGAGCCUAGAAUGCAGACUUGGUGACAGGGAUGGCCUGGGGGUGGACAUAAGCCCCCAGGGCCUUCUGUGCCAGCCGGGGCACCUGUCAUGGGUCUGCCCCCUCCAGCUGCCUGUGUGCUCAGGCAGGGCUCCAGCUGCCCAGGGUGUAGAAAGGCGCCACCUCCCCUUCCAGAAAAAAUAGGCCCAGGGUGGGAGGUAAGGGAGAAGAGCGACUGGUUAAUGAUUAUCUAGCCCUGCCCCUGCGUGAGCUCUCAGGUGACACUGAGGCCUCCGCUUUGGCCCUUGCCUCAGGAGACAGAAUCCAGGUUGUCCUGACAGAACCUUAUCUAAUAGGAAAUGGGGGAUUCCGUCCUCUAUAGGGCCCUGCAUUCUGGGGGUUGGGGGAGCAGAUCAGGGCAGUCUAGGGGAACAGAUGUCUGUGACCAGGCUCUGCCUACCCCUUUGUACCCCCCCAGGUCUUUUCUCUGCCACCUGCCGUCCUGGCAGUGUUGUUUGUGCAUGUGUGUGCACGCAAGUGUGUAUAGUGUGCCAGCUCUGUGGGAAGUUCUUCCUGCUGUCUAACCUCUACACCCUUCUAAUAUGGGCUCUUUCUGUUUUUUUUUUUUUUUAAGAGAUUUUAUUUUUAAGUAAUCUCUACACCCAGCGCAGGGCUCGAACUCACAACCCCGAGAUCAAGAGUUGCGUGCCCCACUGACUGAGCCAGCCAGGCGCCCCAGUACAGGCUCUCUUUUACUGGGAGCAUUUAGCUCUCUCUCCUUUCUCCUCAUCUUUGUCACCCCAGAAUCUGGAAGGUGCCACCAUAUUAGGGUGACGCUUAAGCUGCAAAGAGGAAGAAUGGAGGCUGGGCCUGUGGCUGUCAAGCCCCAUUUCCUUUUCUCUCUCCUGAGUAUUCCCAGGAGGGGCUCUGCCAGAAGCCCCUGGAUUCCUCCUACCAGCAGGGUGUGGCCUCCUGGGGAGGGACUCUUCCUGCCUAGCCUGCCCUACCCCCUUUCUUUGGGCCCAAAUCCCACUCUGGAGACAUGGGCCCUCACUGUCGGCUCAUUGUGGGGCCAGUGGACUCUGCCCCCAUGGAGAGGACCCGUGUGCAGUCCUGGACACUUGGAGGAAGGAAGUCUGGAGCCAGGGAUGGUAGAGCAGCAGGCCUGUGCCCUCGGGAGAAUCAGAUUUGCUGGAAAUAAUGAGCUCUUCCUGGAAGUGGGGUCUUUGCUACUGGGGAUGAGGAUGAGGGUCUUAUGAGUGACCAAGCUGGUGGGGGGCCUGAGUGAUACUUGAAGUAUAAAUAGCUUCUUCUUCUUUGGGAGGCCCUUGGGAGGGCUUAUCACCUGGCUGACGGUGGCUAGGGAAGAGAGGCGCCCGGCUCCCGGUUGCCAGGUAAACAGGGCCCAGCUGGACUCAAGGGAGGGGGCAGGUGUGCCCGAGCUGAGCUAACAAAGAGCGAGCUUCCCACAGGAAGUGCCAGGCCAAGAAGGAGAGGCUGGGCAUGGGGCAGCUGCCUGUGAGGGAGUGAGGGGACCCUUCCAUUCAGUGUGGUCUGUGCUGUGGCCUGUGUGCUUGCGUGUGUCUUUGUGUGAAUCUAUAUCAGCUGAUAUUUAUUGAGGUGCUAUUUUUGUGCCUGGGAGCCUGUGCAGCAAGGGAAUGGCAUCCUUUCUCUCUGGGUCUCAGCCCCCCUCCCCCCAACUGGAACAGCAAAUCCUCAGGGGCUUUUGGGAAGGGGUUAGUGUCAAGGAAAGAAUUCCCUGAUGCUGUGGAAGCACCCUGGUUAGGAUUCUACCUCUUCUGUAGGGGGGUGGCUAGUGCUGAGGAGCACAGCGAGGGGGAGGGUACAUGACUGAGAGCCCUGAGCAUCUGACACCCCCCCCCCCACACCUCUCUGUCACACGCGCGCGCGCGCACACACACACACACACACACUCCUGAAGAGAUUGAGUCUCUUGAUGGGAUAAUCCCAGAUUGCUGGAGGAUAAAGCUGGGGGCAGAUUGGCUGGAGGAUUUGGGGGACUGUGACCCACCUCCCCCAACCAGCUGCUCUCAGAUCUAUACAUGGGGGUAGGGCAGGGCAGGAGUGUCAGCUGAGGUGGGACUUAGAUUGGAUCCAGGGCUGGGGAUACCUCACCAGCAGAGUCCAGUCAGGCUGUCUGGGAUGACCUGAUGCUGGGGAAGAGGGUCCAGGAUGAGAAGGGGCAGGAGGCAACGAUCAAUCCUGCCCUUCUUUGUGUGAGGCACACAAGAUCUCCAAAAGGCUAGAACACUAGAGCUGAGGGGAACCUGACUCACCACCACCGGAUCUGCCCCCACUGUUUUAGAUGAGGAAAUUGAGGCCUUGAGGAGAAAAGUGACUUAUGCAAGGUCACCCAGCUAGUGAGUGGUGGGGCCAGUCCUGAGCCCCAGGCCAGUGCCUUUCCUGCAGAUACCUGUAGCCCCCCGAGAAUGUAGAUAAAUGGUUUCUUUUGUUAAUAUUUAUUUUUGGUCGCUGAAGCUAGGACUGCCCCACCAUCCGAUGAGCGGGGUGGGGUGACCAGGUGUGGCCCCGAUGGUCCUAGUCCGCAAUAGCAAAGUAUUUUCAGACGUGAAACACUGAGUCCUUCCCCUCCCUCCAGUUCUGAAGGUGCUUCCCACCCUAGUUAAGGAAGUCAACCUGCAGGAGUCAUUGCUAAGUCUUCUCAUCAGACAAGAACAUGGAGAGUGGAACUGGGGGGUGUCUGCAUUUCCACGGGAGACUGAACAAAGGGAGUGAGAAGGCAGAGCUCUGGAGGACUUCAGAGUACAGGGAGGGUCUCACACAAGCACGGGACAGCGGUUCCUCCUUCAGAGCCCUCUCAGCCGGGAGACACCAAGGAUUUGAUCUAGAGGAGGAAGGCAGGGGAAGGGACAGUGUGGCCCAGCAGAGCCUGCUGGGCACACAGAUCAGGAAGCUUGUCCUGGCCCCUCCCCCACCUCCCAGCCCCCACUGAAUCUUCCACCCCCAGCACACCCUGUUCCCACCCCCCCCACACACACGCUCCUUCUCCGGGUGUGUGGAGCAGCAGAAGUGAUGACGUCACCACGGUCGCCAGGGCGACGGGAGGGAUAAAUCAGGCUGAGUGGGCGGUUGCCAUGGCGCGCAUUCUCCCGUUGCCACGGAGACUGGGCAUCUGCUCCCUUUGUGCUGCCCGAGUGCCUUCCCCCUGGGGUCAAGGGGUGUAGGGGGGCAGAAAGAGAGGCAGACACACCUCUAGGGGUCAGAAGGAAGUCGGGGCAUCUGUGGGGUGUCCCUUGGUCUUGUCUUCUUCGGGGCUGCUUGAUGGAGUGGCCUCUGUGGCUCCUACUUUGUAAAAUCGAGGCAGCUCUUGCCGAAUAGCCCUUUGGUUGGGUUCUGACUCCGAACCCAGGUCCUAUGGGCAGUUCCAUUCUCCCCCCAAAGAGAGCAUCACUUAUCCCUGGCCGUGUCACCUGAGGCCUCGCCGGAGCCUGGAGCCAGCCCCAGGAGCAGCCUCCUCUACAUCCUCGCCUUCCACUGCCUCUAAUCCGCUCAGAUGAACAGGCCGAUCCAGGUCAAGCCAGCCGACAGCGAGAGCCGAGGAGAAGACCGGAAGCUCUUUGUGGGGAUGCUAGGGAAGCAGCAGACAGAUGAGGACGUCAGAAAGAUGUUCGAGCCUUUUGGGACCAUAGACGAGUGCACUGUGCUCCGGGGGCCAGAUGGCACCAGCAAAGGCUGUGCCUUUGUGAAGUUCCAGACCCACGCUGAGGCCCAGGCAGCCAUCAACACCCUUCACAGCAGCCGGACCCUGCCAGGUGCCUCGUCCAGCCUGGUGGUGAAGUUUGCUGACACAGAGAAGGAGCGAGGUCUCCGCCGAAUGCAGCAGGUGGCCACCCAGCUGGGCAUGUUCAGCCCCAUCGCCCUGCAGUUUGGAGCCUACAGCGCCUACACCCAGGCCCUGAUGCAGCAGCAGGCAGCCCUGGUAGCGGCUCACAGUGCCUACCUCAGCCCCAUGGCCACCAUGGCUGCCGUGCAGAUGCAGCACAUGGCUGCCAUCAAUGCCAAUGGCCUCAUCGCCACCCCCAUCACCCCAUCCUCAGGAACCAGCACCCCUCCUGCCAUGGCCGCCACGCCCGUCUCUGCGAUCCCUGCCGCCCUGGGUGUCAACGGCUACAGCCCGGUGCCCACCCAGCCCACCGGGCAGCCUGCCCCCGAUGCUCUGUAUCCCAACGGGGUUCACCCCUACCCAGCCCAGAGCCCCGCGGCCCCCGUGGACCCCCUGCAGCAGGCCUACGCGGGGAUGCAGCACUACACAGCAGCCUACCCAGCAGCCUACAGCCUGGUUGCGCCCGCGUUCCCACAGCCUCCCGCCCUGGUCGCCCAGCAGCCCCCCCCUCCUCCCCAGCAGCAGCAGCAACAGCAGCAGCAGCAGCAGCAGCAAAGGGAAGGCCCUGACGGCUGCAACAUCUUCAUCUACCACCUGCCCCAGGAGUUCACGGACUCAGAGAUCCUCCAGAUGUUUGUCCCCUUUGGCCAUGUCAUCUCAGCCAAAGUCUUUGUUGACCGGGCCACCAACCAGAGCAAGUGUUUUGGCUUUGUGAGUUUCGACAAUCCGGCCAGCGCUCAGGCUGCCAUCCAGGCCAUGAACGGUUUCCAGAUUGGCAUGAAGCGCCUCAAAGUCCAGCUAAAGCGGCCUAAGGAUGCCAACAGGCCCUACUGAGGGCCCCCAGGUCUGGAGACACCAGAGGAAGGGGCGCCACACCCCGCUCCCCACGACUGGCCCCAGCCCUCUCUGCACACCUGCCCAGGGCCUCCAUGGGGCUCUGGGGCAAAAGCUGCUUCAUAGCCCUGGGGGAGCAGGACACCGACCCAUCCCAGCACCCUGCCCCUCCUGAAGGGCCUGUUUCCUCCCAGGUGCCCUUUUGGCCUUUGUGAGGGACCAAGGGACAGGCUCGAAGGCUCCGGGGGAUCUGCCUUCUGCUGGGGCUCCUGUGGUGACCUUCUGGCCCAGCUUUCGCACUUGCGUCCCCCACCAGCGGGCCUGUGGCCCCGGGAGGGCAGCGGGGGCCUCCCACAAGCUCCCCACCUCACCUUUGCCCCAGCCUCUUCCCCACCUUAGGGGUUUCUCAGAAGCUGGUUCUCACACUCCCUGCCACCCUCAGCUAGAGGUAGAAUAUCCCUGGACCCUGGACCCUGGGCCCCCGGCCCUAAAACUCACUGCCUCCCCCAUGGGCCCCUCUAAGGAGGGUGUGGGGGAGCCCUGAGGGCUGCCUCUCCACCAGUCAGCCACAGAGACCCUCCUCCUUUCACGAGGAAAAGACUUCCCGCGAACCCCUAAGAAUGUUUACAGUCUCUGCUGGUCCCUCCGUGUAAAUACCACUACCACCGUGCGUUAUCCAGCCCGGCCCGGCCCGGAUGCUGCCACCUCUCUUUCUGGGAGUUUAGACAAUGUUUCCCUUGGAUUUUUUCUCUCUCUUGAUUUCUCCCUUUGCUUUGGGGGUAAUUGGGUGUUUGGGAGGAGGGGUGUGGGGAGGGUGACAGG